AUGUGUGUACCUCCCAAUGAGAAAGCCUUUCGCAUUCAGAUGAUGCAAUGCACAACUCCGCCUCUAGUGGUAGGAGUUCACCCCUUGCUGUUGACUCUCGAUGGGAUACACUACGUCUCUACCGGCAAGAAUAUUACAGUACUGCCUCCUCCUACGCUUGAGAGUCUUCAUCCUACACGGGGGUACUUCAGUGGUGGGACUGAGGUUCUGAUUGACGGAACUAACCUUUUGAACACGAUCGAGUUACAGUGCCGGUUUGGCCAGGCCGCACUGCCAGCGAAAGACUGGUUGAACACGGAGCGAGUUGAAUGUGUCGUGCCUCUUUGUGAUGAUGCCAUGGGAGGAGAUCCUCGGGGAGACGCUUGCGAGGGUACCGUACAGGUUAUGCUGUCAUUCGACGGUAAGGAUUUCUUCGGCAAUCUCACUUAUGAAUACGCCCGACGGCAAAGGGUCUUGGACGUCCUCCCUUUCCCAGCGUGGAGGUGGGAUGAGUCAACGAAUGUGACUCUGGUCGGCUCUGGUCUGAGUUGGCCAGUAUACUGCCGUUGGCUCGAUCUGACUAUCACUCAGGCGCUGGAGGUUGGUACAUACACUGAUCCGGCAAUUCCCGCCGCCGACUCGUAUGCAGUUUGCAUCGCUCCGCUGUUGCCAGAGGAGCGUCGGCUCACGAAUGGCGUCGAGAUUGAUAGCCUCCUAGGAUCUGGCACAACCUUACCCUGCAAGGGAGUCUUCUCAUUCACGGUAGUCACUUCCGAGUACGAUGCAGCUGGGCAAGCACCUGAGAUCGUCGUCGCUUCGUAUCUCUCACGAGAUGCCCUGCGUUGUAAGCCGUUGAACCCUCCCAUCUCGCAUUUCGAGGGGACGGGAGUGAGCGAAGUUAAAGUUGAGGUUGGCCUUACUCCAGAAGCCUACUCUGAUUCUAAUAAAACUGUCCUGACAACUACUCGACCACAUAUAGCAGAGAUUUCACAGGCCUCGGGACCGUUUUUGGGAGGUAACCUCAUUACCUUGCAUGGGACUGGUUUUCAGUAUAUCAACGCCACUGGUGCAGAAGAGGUUCACUCACUCUACGUCAUCAUUGGUGACACGCCUGUUCGGGCGGAAGCGGCUCUCGUGAAUGACACGAUGGUCACGGAUCGGUUGUUCACAGGCUUGUUGGAAUUGGGAGGUAGGGAACCGGAAAUUCUCAAGGAAUAUGCGUACGUUGAUGUGCCUAUUGGGACGUAUUACCGGCCAGAGGUUCAUCAGGAUGGUGUACCGACGGCGUGCCCGGUGGGGCACUUCUGCAAAGGAGGAUUUGCUACUCCUUGUGCGGCGGGUUACUACCAGAAUCUUACUGGCAAUUGGACUUGCGAGAUCUGCCCGGUCGGAGCACAGUGUGGAGUCAACGCUGCUAGAGCUCCGGAGAGAUGCCCUCAAGGAUACAAGGAGUUCGGCGGCGAAGACUGA